AUGGCGCCGACCAACCCAGCAGCCAAGACCGCCGUCCAGAACGCUGACGGCGAGGCGGCCGACAUCCCACUCCACCUGACGGAGAAAGUCCUCCACCGCAUCAGCCCGCUCGAGUCGGCCCGCUUCCUCACCGUCUGCAAGUCCUGGGCCUCCACCAUCUUCUCGCGCCUCGCCAGGCCCAUCCCGCACCUCUUCGCGCUCCAGGCCUCGGCGGCCCAGGCAGGGGAGGCGCCCCGCCGCCGCGGCGCGAUCUUCUCCUUGCCGAUCGACGGCAGCAACAACGAGUUGGAUCCCGUGAUGCCGGCCAAGCUGCCCGUCAUGCCCAGCCACGCCUACGCCAACCACAUGAGGCUGUCCGGCGCCCUGCCCAGCGGCUGCGUCUCCUUCGCCAUGGACGCCGUGGGAAGCAACCACGCGGUCCUCGUCAACCCGGUCACCGGCGCGGCCCAGAGCGUCGAGGUGCACGGGACGACCCCGUCCGGGGCUCCGCCCAAGGUGCGGGCCGUCGCCGGCGCCGAGGCCUUCCUUGUCAGCGAGUUCGGCGACGAGGGCGUCUCCAUCCGCUGGCGCCGCGACGGCGAGCAGCAGUGGAGAGCGCGGAAGCUGCCCAUCCCGCACAAGUUCAGCUUCAGCAGCGACGCCUUCGAUCUGGUGGCCUACACCGACUUCGCCUUCUACGCCAUGGAGUAUUUCGGGUUCACGUUCGUCGUCAGCACGCGCGCGCCGCCGCACAUGGCGAGGCUCGACGUGCCCAGCAUCCUCGAGCAGUACACGCCGAUCUGCGGCCCGGCCGGGUUCCGGUUCCUCCAGAGCUGCUACAUGCUCGUGUCGGAAGGGGAGGUCUUGUUCGUCGGCCCGGUGCUCGACGGUAAUAAGGCCGUCGGUGGCUUCGAGAUGUUCAGGCUGGAUGUCCAGGGGGGGAGGUGGGUGAAGGUGGAGAGGCUCGCCGGCGACCGGGCGCUGUUCGUCAGCGAGCAGUCGUCCUUCUCGGUGCGCGCUUCCGAGACGCCUGGCUGCAGGAGCAACUGCAUCUACUUCGUGACUGAGCUCGGCGACAAAUGUUCCAACGGCAUCUGCAAUUGGGGCGUCUACUCCAUGGAGGAAGACAAGGUGCUGUUUCAGAGCUCCGUCGGCUCGCCGGGUAAGUACAUAGAUGCGCGGUGGUUCUUACCCCGUGUCGGGCCUGGGUUGACGUCACCAGCGCCGUCUGCUUCUGCUACAACCAGCUCAGCUGGCCAGAAAAGGAAAAUUCCAGAUGCCUAG